AUGGGAAACAGCGAGCAGGAACAGCAACACCCGGGAAACAGAAGCGAUCUACCGAUAUUGAACAUGACGCUGCCCAUCGUCGCGACGGGCAGUAAGUUUCCCGGAACGAGUAGCGCUGAUAAUUUAGCACCUGACGGUGGCUUUCGCGCAUGGGCGGCCGUCGCUUCUGGCUUUUUCAUUAUCAUGAAUACUUGGGGUAUAUUUAUUUCCUUCGGUGUUUUUGAAUCUUACUACGUCACGAAGCUGCAGCGCGACCCAUCUGAAAUAGCCUGGAUUGGCUCGUUCGAGAUUUUCCUUCUAUUUUUCUUGGGCAUAUUAUCCGGCUAUUUUACAGACAUGGGCUACUUUCGCACUCUCGUUACAACCGGCGCGUUCAUGACUGCCUUUGGAACCUUUAUGGCGUCAAUCUGCCAAGCAUACUGGCAGUUGUUUCUUGCUCAAGGAGUGUGCGUAGGUCUGGGUAAUGGCCUGCUCUUUGCUCCAGCUAUGUCCGUCGUUUCCACUUAUUUCCAAAGGAAACGAGCGCUAGCGAUGGGUACCGCAGCGUGUGGUAGCGUGGUAGGAGGACUUAUCUUUCCCAGCAUAGCCAGAACGCUAUUACCUUCCAUUGGAUUUGGUUGGACGAUGAGAGCCAUUGGACUCAUCCAACUAGUCACCCUGUUUACCGCUCUCGCUUUCAUAAGGCCAAGAAUCCCUCCAAGAUCUUCUGGAUCACUCAUCGACUGGCAAGCAUUCAAGGAAGUCGAGUACAGCCUUUUUGCAGUCGGAUCUUUUCUGACCUACACAGGGGCAUUUGUUCCCUUUUUCUUCUUGGCUUCAUAUGCUCGAGAUAUCCAGGGUAUGACAUACAUACAAUCUCUAGAUCUCUUAUUGAUACUCAACGGUGUGGGUUUACUUGGUCGUCUUCUCCCUAGUUUUCUUGCCGAAAGUCUUGGCAUGCUGAAUGUAUUCACUGCAAUGGUGUUACUCAGCUCUUUGUCUAUGUUUACCUGGACAACGGUCUCGUCUGUCGCCGGAUUAUACGUCUGGACGGUAUUCUACAGCUUAUUUUUCGGGGCAAGCAAGGAGUUCGGAUGGGAAUGGUGUUCGGGGUUCUUAGUUUUUGGAGCCCUCAUAGGUACACCAGUUGCAGGUUUACUCAUAACAACCUCUGGAAGAAGCUACAUCGGAGCACAAGCCUUUGCUGGAGCUUGUCUAGCAGCGGGAGGUGUUCUGUUUUUGACAGCAAGAGAAAUUAAGCGAAGAAAGACUGUGAGCGAGAUGUGGGUCAAACUUUGA